CAACAUUUUAAAUCAAGACUUGGUGUAUGAACAAAAUACAGAAAAUGUCGACUCCAACAAGUGACAAUCCAGACAAUUCACAUGAUUUAGAUGAAUUGACAAGACUGUCUUCAUUAAUGGAUCGUUUGACAAAUAGAGUCGACAAUCUGGAGAACGAAAACCAGCGUUUGAGUGAAGAGAAUACACGUUUGAAUGAAGAAAUUAGAGAGUUGAAAACAAUGACCAUUAAACUUGAGACAUUAAACAUAGUAUUCGUUCAAGAACAAAAGAAAGCACAGGAGUUAAUUGAAACAAAUUUUAGAAUUGGAGCAGAUGAAGUGAAAAGAAUAUCAUCAUUAAUGGAAAAUGAAAAAACGCGAUUGGAAGAGGAAAAUGCACAGUUUGAAAGAAGGGUCUACAAUCUUGAAGAAAAACUAAAAGAGAAAUCUUUGAAACUGGAUGACGUGUAUGAAAAAUCUGUCAGACUGGACAGGUCAAACACAGAACGCGCGCAAGAAGCAAAUAGAAUAAAAGAAUUACUAGAAUCGGGGUCGGUAGUUGGGGGAGAUGAGGUGAUGACAUAUGUGACAAACAGAUUAGAACAUCUAGAAACGGACAAAAACUGUUUGGAGGAUGAGUUGAAAACAAGAACAUUAAUUCUGGAUGAAACACUGAAAGAUGAAUCUGUCAAGUUGGAUGACAAAUGUUCAAGACUGGCAGAAAAAUGUGUUAGACUCGUGGAAGAAAAAUCUGACAGUCUGGAAAAAUCAAACAACAAACUCACUCAAGAAGUAAAUCAAAUUAGAGAAUUAAUUGAAUCGCAGUCGGCAGUUGAAGGAGCUACAAAGGUCAUAUCUCAGGUUGGAUUCUUUGCUGUUUUGACAAAAAGUGUCUCACUUGGACCAAAGCAGGCAAUUGAAUACAACAAAAUUAUAACAAAUAUAGGAAAUGGAUAUGACGAGAGCCAUGGUCACUUUAAAGCACCUGUAAGCGGAUUAUACAUAAUAUCAGCAUCAAUAACAAGCCCUCACAAUCAAGUUUCCCGGUUAGAAAUCGUUAGAAAUGGAAUACAACUGGCGGCAAUGGUUGGUCAUCUCAGGGAUAUGGCCAAUCAAACUGUCGUUGUGUCUCUAAAUGAAAAUGACCAGUGCUCAAACAUAGUUGUCAAUAUUAUUGAAGUGUAUGGUACUGUCAUACAAGUGAGAGGUGUAGCUAGUGAAAGAUUUUUACAAUUCAACAUACUGCUUUCAACAUUAUACACUGGUCCUAAGACUAAAUUUAACUCAUUGCAGCAAGUGUAUACAAAGAAGUGA